UGUUUUUUUUCCUCGGCCGCGCGACGGCGGCCGCUUGCAAGACGGGAAGCAUCGAUUCCUUGCGCCGCCAUUUCCCCUUGCCCGUCGACAUCAUAGACGAUCGAGAAACAACAGCCGACAAAAUGAGACCCCUUACGGAUACGGAAACGCAGACCCUGCUAGCAAAGCUGGCCAACUACACAGGCAACUCCCUCAAGAGCCUGAUUGCGCCGCUCGAGGAUGGCGACAGAUAUGUGUUUCGCCUUCACAAAGACCGAGUCUACUACGUGAGGCUCAGCAUAGCCAACCUCGCGACCUCGAUCGCGAGGGAGAAGCUGAUGUCGCUGGGCACCUGCCUGGGCAAGUUUACGAAGUCUGGCAAGUUCCGUCUGCACAUCACCGCCCUGCCGAUUCUCUCCGAGCAUGCCCGCUACAAGAUGUGGGUCCGGUCCAACGGCGAAAUGCCCUUCCUCUACGGCGGCAACAUCGUCAAGGCGCACGUCGGCCGCCAGACGGACGACUGCCCCGAGCACCAGGGCAUCGUCGUCUACAACAUGCAGGACGUCCCCCUCGGCUUCGGCCUGACCGCCAAGAGCACCGCCGACGCGAGGCGCCUGGAUCCCACCGGCGUUACAUGUUUCCGACAGUCCGACUGCGGCGAGUACCUCCGGGACGAGGACACUCUAUUUGCCACGGGCUGAGGGAUGGAUGUCUUUUGUGUUUGGAAAGCUCAUCGCUUGGGGGUAAGAAGGAAAACCAAAAAUACAAGUCUGAGAAUAGGGCGGAGUCACGGCGUUUUGUGGGAAUUUGCUUCAUUUCUAGGUCAUUAUAUCAUUUGGCGAAAGCGGUAACAAUAGUGCCGUCCUGUAGAUACCAAACCAACUACCUGCCCAAACAGAUCUUUACCACCAAACGUGUCAUAUCCCUAGUCUCCGCCUUGUAUCUCC